UCUCCAACGUCUCAUCUCGCUGAGAUUCCUGACUUUCCCUGGCUGUACCUGCUCCUCCUGCGCAGCUCUCUUCUCCUCUUCCCCGCUGUUUGAGUCCCACUAGACAUGUCAGAGUACAGCGCGGUGCCGAAGGCCGGCUCCGGGGCAACUCUCGGGGGACAGGCAACGCUUCUUGGGAACGAAGCAGGGGCCGUGAAGAAGGAUGCGUUUGCGGACGCAGUGCAGCGGGCCCGGCAGGUGGGGGAUAUUGCAGCUAAGAUUGGUGGAGAAGCUGGCCCUCCUGUGAACAUGAACACUGCAUCAGAUAGUUUUCCAUUCACUGCACAGAAACGACAGCUGGAGGAUGCAGAUGAACCAGAGAGCAAGAAACUGGCUGCACAGAGUGACUUGGACUCAGCUAAUGCACUAUCUAUUGGUGCACAACUCGCAGUUCUUGCGCAACAACGGCCCACCUCUGCUACAGAAGAGUACAGUGUUCCAGACAGCAUGGUGGGACUCAUUAUUGGCCGUGGAGGCGAACAGAUCAAUAAAAUGCAACAGGAGUCAGGUUGCAAGGUCCAGAUUGCUCCAGCGGAGGCCUUCCAGAUAGGAGUGUCUCUCUCACAGGUCCCCCUGACUCCAUUCAAAAUUGAACUGGUCCACUCUUCUGUGUCUAGGAAAGUUAAGAGGCUGUUGGAUGAGAUAGUGUCACGAGGAAGAGGCACACCUCCCUCUUCUUAUCAAGAGUCCACCAAUGGGCAGAAUGGCACGGUUCAUGAGAUGAUGAUACCAGCUGGCAAGGCUGGCCUCAUCAUUGGAAAGGGAGGAGAGACCAUCAAACAGCUACAGGAGCGUGCAGGAGUGAAAAUGAUCCUUAUCCAGGAUGCCUCUCAGGGACCCAAUGUUGACAAACCACUGCGUAUUAUUGGAGAGCCAUACAAAGUCCAGCAAGCCCAGGAAAUGGUGCAGGAGAUUCUUAGGGAGAGAGACCACAGUGGCUACAGUGAACAAAAUGAUUUCGGCUCCCGCAUGGGAGGAGGCAUAGAUAUCUCAGUACCACGACACUCAGUCGGCGUUGUCAUUGGGCGUAAUGGAGAGAUGAUCAAGAAAAUCCAGAAUGAUGCUGGAGUUCGAAUACAGUUCAAACAAGAUGAUGGGACUGGUCCAGAUAAGAUUGCUCACAUCUGUGGUCCUCGUGACCACUGUGAACACGCCAACCAGAUCAUCAAUGACUUGCUGCAGAGCAUUAGGGUCAGGGAGGAAGGACAAGGGGGUCCCCCAGGUCCUCCAGGCAUACCCGCAGGAAACAGGGGCCGAGGUGGAGGACAAGGCGGUUGGGGUCCCCCUGGAGGGGAAGUCACCUUCUCUAUUCCUGCCAACAAGUGUGGGCUCGUGAUUGGGCGGGGAGGAGAGAGCGUCAAGUCCAUCAACCAGCAAACUGGAGCGUUUGUGGAAAUCUCUCGACAGCUUCCGCCCAAUGGAGACCCCAACUUCAAGCUGUUCAUCAUCCGGGGCUUGCCGCAGCAGAUCAGUCACGCCAAGCAGCUCAUUGAAGAGAAGAUCGAGGGUCCUUUGUGUCCUGUGGGCCCAGGGCCAGGUGGACCAGGUCCUGCUGGGCCAGUGGGUCCCUACAACCCUAGCCCAUACAACCCUGGACCGCCUGGGAUUCCUGGAUCACCACAUGGUGGACCUCCAGGUCCUCACCAGUAUAAUCCUCAGAGCUGGAGCAACACCUACCAGCAGUGGCAGCCUCAGGCUCCCCAUGACCCUAGCAAGGCAGCAGCCAAUGACCCUAACGCAGCCUGGGCGGCCUACUAUGCUCAGUACUACCAGCAGCCGUCGGGGGCUGUGCCAACCCAGUUCCCUGCAAACCCGCCUGUAGGAGCCCAAGCACCAGCGGACCAGACCACACCUGCUCAGAUGCCAGGGGGCCAGCCAGACUACACCAAGGCCUGGGAGGAGUACUACACAAAGAUGGGCCAGACAGGUGGUUCUGUCUCUGGAACUGCAGCUGCAGCCCCAGGGGCAGCAGUGGGAGCAGGGUCCACGACAGGAGGACAGCCUGACUACAGCGCGGCCUGGGCUGAGUACUACAGACAGCAGUCUGCACACUAUGGACAAGCAGGACAGGCUCCUGGUCAGCCAGCCAAUCCACAGCAAGGACAGACUCAGUGAGAGCCCAGAGCAGAAGGUCGCAGCCUCGAGAGAGAAUCAAGAAGACAGGACGAAGAGGACAUUACAGUUUUUUUUGGGGCCUGGAUCUGUUCUCUGCUAUUGAUUUAGCUUUUUUUGUUGUUCGUUUAUUUUAUAAAGAGUGGAAGUAAAACCCUCUCCUCGCCACUGAACAUCACCUGGAUACUUUAAUAAUCGUGUGAAGUGAACAGACAUUCUAAUUUGCUUUACUUCUGAGGGGAAGGAAGACUGAUGAUCCCAUCAUGGCAGGUGCACAGAGCUUCUCAAAGCCUCUACACACAUUUAUACGUAUAUGCCAAUAUAAAAUGGGAGCCUUGAAAUCUUUCUUUCGUUGUCUUCUGAAGUCACCCGAGUCCCAUUGUCAAAACUAUAACCUUCAUAUCUUUGCGUAAUAUUUACUGAAUGGCACAGAGCUAUUAAAAGUCUAAUCACAUAAUGUAUGUGGUAAGGAAAGAAAUCAUAGAAAUCUUUAUUUGAAGCUAAUUUGUUUGUCAGCUGUUGAUUUUUCUUUAGGCCUGCAUGAUUUUUGUUUCAUUAACCUUGAUAUUUUGAAAGUUUAAAGCUUUUAAGUGCAACUUCUGGUGAUGUUUGUUGAUAUUCUGCCUGUCUUUACUCACUAUGAAAAGAAACGGUAUAAGGUGAUUUUUAUGCUGCGUCCUCCAUCAGAAAACAGCCUCUGUAAAGCAAUACUAUCAAAACGGAGUGUGUGUGUGUGUGUGUGUGUGUGUGUGUGUGUGUGUACAGCAGCAACGCAGGGGCGGGUGAAGGCAAGAAACAUUUAUUCUGUCAACCUUUUGAACGGCCGGGUUUCUUGAGCAGGAGCAUUCACAAGAUCCAAACACGGUUAUGCUGAGAAAUAGAGAGAGUGUUGUGUGUGGAGCUGAAAGACUUUAACAGCGUUGUGUGAACUAAUUUGACAAUGAUUUGAAUGUAAUAGGCUUUUGUUUAUGUUCCCCGCUGUUGUAAUUCACUGACAGAAACUGUAUAGUUGUGAAAAUUAUUCUCCAAGAAGUAAAAGCCAUAAGUCAAAAGAUGGACGAAGAGUGGAGAUGUGGCUUCAUGUCGCUUACAUUAAGAUUUAAAGGUUCCUAUUGAGAUGUUUUACUUGGGGAAACAAUGAAUGCUGUUAAACUAAGUCCUUGUGUCUGUAAAGAUUAGAUUACUGUUUAAUAUACAGUAGGGUUAUGGACCUUUGUUUUGGCCUUGGAUGCAGUAGCGUGUAAGUAUGUUUGGUUCAUGUUCUCUCCCUGUUUUUCAGUUUUAUCACAUCUGCACUUCUUUCAUUUUCAAAUAUUAAUUUAGGGUUAAAUACAAAUUAUAUUCUUGUGGGUGGAAGAAAUGGCUUAAAAAAACACAUCACAUUUUAAAUUGCUGUGACUUCUGUCCUCAAAGCCUACGUGUCAAACCGUGUUGUCAUUCUGUUUCAUCUUAAGGCUGCAUGUUCUUCCUCGUUACUUUGGUUUUCUUGUAAUCCCUUAUCCCUGUUUGUGUGCAAAAGAAUGAAAUGUAGUCUUCCAAUGUGUCCCACCACAAUAUUAUAUUAAAUAUGUACCUAUAUUUGGCUGUUAAUUGGUUUUUGACUUACAUAGAUGCGUCAGGUUGAGAUUCUUGCAUUCUGAGCAGCAGUUAUGAGCCUCCUUCAGUGUUGAUGUUGUAAAUAAAUGACCACCAGCAGCAAUUCUCUGAA